CCCACCACAGGACAACGUCAACUCAGAAUGGUUCCCGCCACGCUAUGGUACCUGCCUGUCGUCAACCCAUCCACAUGCACCGACGGAACGUAGCACUGCCGUGCAGCCGUAUAGCCGCGCACCCUCGCAGCCUCGCACCCGCAGCCUCGCAGCCUGCUCGCCUUGCGAUGCACGCCAUGGCAGCGCAGGCAGCGCCUGGGACGUCACAGCGCGCGCGCUUUCCUCGCUCGACGAGGAACUCCUCUUCUAUGCCGCGUUGGUUCGUCGCAUUAUAUCGCCGCUCGCUUACGCCUAGUUCCAUUUUCCAGCGCUACUAGGUGGAUCGCGGAAGGAACCAUGGCGUCCCAGCUGCGUCGCAAGCUGAUCGGUAGCACCCUGCUAAGGCCCUCGCCCUCCCUCCUUGGUAACGAUACUCGCUGGCAGCAUCUCCUCCACCGCUCAUUCGCCAGCAGCGGCGGCAGCGGCGGCGGGCUGAGUCGCGAGAACGCGCACCGGCACAGCUUCCCGUACUCGUGGGAUUCGCCCGUCAAGAGCGCGCCGCAGCAGGCGGCGCAGUCGCGAGGCGUGGACGACAUCCCGCACGUGGACUCCGCGGGCCACGUGCUCAACGCGCAAGGCGGGCUGCAGGGCUCGUCAUCCACCGCGGCGACGAUAGCAGAAACGGUGACUGCUGCGACGACUGCGACGACUGCGACGGCUGCGACGACUGCGGCGACGACGACUGCGCGACGUGGCGAACCGCCGCCGAACCUGAAGCGGUUUCAGAUCUACCGGUGGAACCCGGACGUAGGGGGGAAGGCGCGCAUGGUAGAGUACACCGUCGACACCACCAAGUGCGGCCCCAUGAUCCUGGAUGCGCUCUUCACGAUCAAGAACUCGCAGGACCCGACACUGGCGUUUCGGCGCAGCUGCCGCGAGGGCAUCUGUGGGUCGUGCUCAAUGAACAUCGAUGGCCAGAACACCCUCGCCUGCCUCUGCCCCAUCGACCCGCGCCCCACCGUGACCACCACCAUCACGCCGCUGCCGCACAUGUUUGUCAUCAAGGACCUCGUCGUGGACCUCACGUGGCAGUACCAGCAGUACAAGUCCAUCGAGCCGUGGCUGAAGGUGAAGAGUCUUCCUGUGGACGGCAAGGAGAACCGGCAGAGCAUUGAGGACCGGGAGCGGCUGGACGGGCGGUACGAGUGCAUUCUGUGCUUCUGCUGCACGGCAGGCUGCCCCUCGUACUGGUGGAACCAGAACAAGUUCCUGGGGCCUGCGGCACUCAUCAACGCCAGCAGAUGGGUCUUCGACAGCCGUGAUGAGAGCACGAAUGAGCGGCUGGACCAGCUGGCUGAGAACGACCGGCUGAUGCCGUGCCACACCAUCAUGAACUGUGCGCGCACGUGCCCCAAGCACCUCAACCCCGGCAAGAGCAUCUCGCAGAUGCGCUCCAUGCAGGUGCUGCAGCGCAUUGUAAGAAACCCCAAGAAGAUUCCGGAUAUUAUCCCGUCGAACAGGAGAGGGUCAUAGACUUAGACAACCCCUUAGACAAAACCAAUCUGUUAGCAUCAUUCUAGUCAUUCAUUCUCAUGUUGACAGGCGUGUGCUACAUACAGUAUAUGAUGUACACUUCGAAUUUCUGCACAUUCCCAGAAAUACG